CCAUUGUGGUGUAGCGGUGAGGCGUGGUGGACGUGGCGGCAUGCGCGGCUCUGCUCGGCGGCGACUGGCGACGGCGGCGGUGCAGCAGACGUGGAACUUGUAGCGGAUUCCUCGCCUCCGAGAUGAAGACGCUCUCGCUGGUGGUGCUGCUGGCGGCGGCCGUGCAUGGCUCGCUGACCACGCGGUCCAUGCGGCGCGACCAGGACACGCCGCUCGCCUUCCCCAUGGAGUCCCUCUUCAAGGCCGCCAACUACACAAGGGGCGCGGCCGGGCGCAGCCUGGCGCCGCCGGACGACAUCAAGGACGAGGACAUCUUCACGGCGGUGAUGACGGAGCCGCCGCCGGACACGGAGCUGUUCCCGGACGACGGCACCCGAAUCGGCGAGUACAGCCCCUGCGCGCUGGCCCUGCUCCGCGCCCUGCCGUCCGGGCCGCGCGGCCGGGCCAUCGUGCUGGCCACGCUGGCGGCCUCCUUGUUCUCGGUGCGGAGCGCGCUGCGGAAGCCCAUGACCGUCGUGGUGCAGGGCCUGUUCGUGGCCAAACGCGUGAUGCAGACCGACCGGCGACGGGCGGACAGUCACGCCGCCGACCUGCUGCCACCCUCCCCGUACGACUGGGCCUCCAUCUUCGACGCACUGGAAGUCUCAAAUAAGCAGUGACUGUCUGUGUCUAAUUUCUAUCGAAAGGAGAAAAGAAAGAAAAGUAAAAAAAUAAAAAAAGUUCUUCUUU